AUGCACAUUAACACCCGCUGGGCACCUAGACUGAUUCACGUGGUCCUGUUCGUUGUGAGAUGCUUCCUCUCAUUAGUUACCGACCCUGGCGGUGAUAUCGCAAUUGGACAUCCCCCCCCGGGACGCCUCAGCGUUGAAUCCAAGGUUCAAUUCAUUCGACAGGCAGAAGACCCCGAGACUUCGCUCGAUACUACUGCUUCUGGCACCGGCAUCCAGGCAGAGGUGGUGGCGCAGAGGGUUUGA